AUGUUUUCCGUGGCAGGAUCAUGCAUGGAUCUCCACUUCCGUCUACGCCCCUCAAUUCUCAAGUUCAACAUCAAAUAUCGAAACAGCAAUCUCCUCCAUCUAGCGGCAAAAGACAAUGAUUGUGCUCUUUUCGAAGAUUUGCUCGUUCACGGCGCCGAUAUCAAUGCGUUCUUCCGCAGAGAGACUGUAUUGAUGAGAGCAAUCAAGUAUUCGUCAGCGGACCUGAUUAAGCUCUUACUCAAACAGCCAGAUUUGGAUAUCUACCUGAAGAACCGCAUGCACGAGGAUGCUUUGUUGUAUGCAGUCAUACAUGGGACGUAUGUAAUCGUGGAAAGCGUGUUGGAGCAGCAGGGCCUUAAUCUAGAUGCCCAAUAUGCGCGCGGCAGGACCGUACUGCACUUGGCGGUUUUCUGGGGCCGAAUUGGAAUUGCACAGUUGCUGUUAUCGCGCGGAGCCGACCGCGAUGUGAAGGAUCAUCACGGCCACUCUCCAAGAGACUGGGCCUUUCACGCAAACCGGGUUUCGAUGGUGAAGGUGAUGUCGUCCCACCAUGUUCUUCUAUCAGCCUUCGGCCAACAUAUCUUGGACAGCGGUGAUCCACCCCUACACCAAGCUAUGGCUCAUGGCUUUCUGAAUGCUGUCAAGCAACUUCUCAGAGAGGAAAACCUUAAUCUAGAGAGGCAUGAUCGGAAUGGUGACACGGCGCUUCACCUUGCGGUCCGGAUGAAAUCCCUGGAACUGCUUGAUCUGCUUCUUGACCAUCCUCGUAUUAACACCAAUGCUACUAACAGAGAUGGAAAUACGCCACUGUGGGUGGCUUCACGCUCGCAGUGCGAUGAAAUCACCAGAAGGUUUCUCGGGCAUAAAUGCGUGGACAUCAACUUCAUCGGUGGCAGGGGCAAGUAUGAGAAUCCCUCGAGCUCUCUACAUCAUGCCAUAUUGAGACUAGAUAAGUCAAUUCUGCAGACCUGGCUUGCGACACCAGGAUUGGACGUGAAUAUUCUAGCCGGAGGGCAAUCCCCUUUGCAAGUCGCUGUGCAAUUGGGACGAAUUGAUGCUUUGAAGAUGCUUCUCAACUUUCGAGGCAUUAACAUCAAUGCGAGAGGCGGAGAUCCGCCGCUAUGCCAGGCAGUAGAAAAAGGAGCGCUUGAAGCGGUUCAACUGCUCGUGAAGCAAGGCGAGCAGUUAUUAGUCAAUGAGCGCAUAUGUCUGACUAGGGAUACUGCCUUAUGUAUCGCUGCGCGUGAUGGAAAUCUGGAGAUUGUGAGGGCACUAUUAUUGCACCGUCAUCUCAAUCCCAACUUGGAAAAUAAUCGGUUAGAGCAUCCCUUGUUUCUCGCAGCCAAGCGAGGAAAUCUCCAAGUGGUUAACGCACUGCUUGAGGAUGGGAGACUGGCCGCGUUCACGAUGAAAGAUGUAGUGUGCUGGGAAGAAACAGGUUUGGUGAAAAGCGCUAUUCAAAAGCAGAUCGACUGGCAAGAGGGAUUUCAUGGUGUCAGGAAAAUGGAUACAGGCAAUUUAUGGACUCCUUGGAUUCAACUGAGAUCUGCAACUCCUCAAUAA